UUAGUUACAGAUAUGUGUGUUGCUGACAGGAACGAAGCGGAAAAAGUGGAAGCUGCAAAACCAGCAUUUCGGUGCAGAGGAAAACCCUGAUCAAUGAGCACUACUGCAGAGGGCACAGUGAUCAUCACCACACAUCUGUGAAGACGAAUUCAGACAUAUACUGAAAUGUCGGCUCUGAUGGAGGACAUAAGAGAAGCUGUGUUGGCGGUAUUACCCAGCCUACCAGAGGAUAAAGUCCAGUCACUGCUGAACAAGUUGGCAAGCAUUGGUGUGGAGUUCAAAUCCGAUCUGCAGUUCAUUAAAGAGGAAGAUCUCCCCGCCAACAUCACACCUAACCAGUGCCGGAGGCUUCUCAAUGCCUGGCAAACUCAAGAUCAAACGUCAUAUGUGACACUGACUCCUGUGGACCACUCUGACAUAGUCCUCAGUACCACUACAGAGGAUCCUCCAUCUUCUGAAUCCGACAACACUUCAAUGUCAAGCAGUAAUACAUCCAGAAUGACUGUUAAUUUAAGUGUCUGGCAUGAAAACUUCAGUGUUCCUUGGAACAGAAUGCCUCCUGGUAUCACAACCGCAAUUUCACUGGAGAAACGUCCAUCUGCUAAAGACCGUAGGCAAAUGGUACGAAUCAUAGUUGAGGAAAUGAGGCUGAAUGAACAAAAUCCAUCAAAGUCUCAGUGCCAGGCAAUAGCCAAGAUGAUUGUAAAGCAACAUCCUCAGAGCUUUGCUGAUGUUAUGACAGAUGGCACUGUGAUCGGCAGUGGCUAUGCAUCUCUUAUGACUCAACUAAAAACACGAGUAGAACAUGUGAAUCGUGGAAAUGCUCUCUCCAGACGAAGGAAGCAGAAAAGGGUCUCAAAUGCACCUGAAGACAUAGCCAGAGGACCAGCUGACCAAUAUGGCUGCGUGAGAUGGCAACCUGACUGUCCACCAGGGGAGACUGUAGAGGGUCUUAAAGAGAAAAAGAGUGAAAUGCAAGACCUAUAUCACACUGAAGGACCAGCUGGUGCAGAGAGAGGAUAUGUAAUUCAGUUAAUGAAAACAACCUACUACCUACAAAGAAAAAAUAUCAAUGCAAGCCCACCUCCUUCAAUUGCUGAGCUGAAGACUGAGUGGCCAUAUCUUUUCACUCCGAAACAGAUGUUCAGCCAUUUCAAUUUACUCACAGACAUUAAAAUUCUGGAAAAAAUGGAGCAGGCUGUAGAAGAAAAGGGGAAGCUGAUCCUUAGGUUCUUCCAGCACACGACAGCAAGGACCAGUACAGAUGAGGUUGAGCGCAUCCUGGUCAGUUACAACAAAGAAGAAAAGUGUGAUCCAUGCCCAUGUGUGAUUCUGCUUCUGAUGGCACACUUCAAAGAGAAAUAUGAGGGGCUCAUUUUACAGGCCGAUGUCUUCUCAACAGCAGCUGACGUUGAGAGAACAAAGCCACUUCCUGAGUCUCCAAGACUCAUCGUCUUAGGUGAUGUUCUCACGGCAACAAACUGGAUGCUGAGCAUUGAGGGCCAAGUGACUGUGGGUCCACACCAGAACAUUGUGGCUGGAAUGGCAGCGCUUUUCUCGUGCUAUUACGUCUUCAAUCUGGUGUACCAAGAGGAGGCGUCGAGCACACUGGAAUUCAUCCAAAGAUGCUUCAUUGGGAUCAGCCCAACCUCUGGCACAAAGAUGACAAAGUGGAUCAGUCCAAGAAGUGGGAAGGUGCAUGAGAAGAGGAACAACAGUGUCAGCCUUCAUGUCUCUGCACUUCUCAAAAGAUUAAUGGACUUUGAAUGGCUUUGAGCCUGUCGCAAAAGAAAGGGAAAUGGCACA